AUGACCGAACCAAAUGACAGUCCGACCAGUGUAAUCGUGAAUUUUGUUGCGUCUGGUGAAGUCAUCCUCGUCGUGGGACCAGAGCAGUUGCAACUGCGCGCUUCUUCACGCGUCCUCAAGACUGCCUCAAAACCUGCGGUCAAUCCAGCAAAGUAUCCCCUGCCCGAAGACAACGCAAUUGCAAUGAAGUACAUCUGUGCUGUCAUCCACCACCAGAACAACAUGUUACCUCGACCCAUAAACGCGCAGGAUAUCUUCGAAAUGUCUGUCAUUGUGGACAGAUAUGACUUUUUCGGUGCCCUGGAAUUUGCAAGCGACGCAUGGUUAGCCCAUAAGGAUGAAUCUCCUAGGGGUCUUAUACACCUCACGGCUGCGGCAUACAUAUUCCAAAAUGCCGAGGCAUUCAAGAAGAACACGAGCGCACUAGUUCUCACAUACGGUGGCUCAUUUCUUGAUCUUGCGGCCGAAGACGUUCAGUCUGUGCUAGACUGGGAAAUUGUCCGGGAGUGCUUCUAA